GACGUAUAACGACAGGACAGGCUUCGGCUCACAUCGGCUUCUUUCGUACACUGACACUCGGUCAAUGAUGGAGGAAGAGGCACGUAAGCUACUCGAAGAAGGAAUAACAAAGAAAUUGAUCAGUCCUGGUAAAGGAGAGCUGUCGUCCUUUCCCAAUGGCACCAAGGUGGUCUUUCACUACCGCACCGCCCUCUGUGAUGGCACCGUGCUGGAUGACUCCAGGACCAUGGGGGGCCAGAGCAAACCUAUGGAGCUCAUCCUGGGCAAGAAGUUUAAACUGGCUGUGUGGGAACGAGUGAUCAUCACUAUGAGACAAGGCGAAGUUGCAGAAUUCACCUGUGACGUCAAGCACACGUCGCUUUACCCGCUGGUGUCCCAGUCCCUGAGAAACAUAAGCGCUGGUAAGGACCCUCUGGAAGGCCAGAGGCACUGCUGCGGCAUCGCUCAGAUCCACUCUCACCACUCUCUCGGCCACAAAGACCUGGAUCAUCUUCAAGCCAGUCCACAGCCUCUCGUCUUCACCAUCGAUCUGCUGCAGGUUCUUCCUCCCGGGUCCUUCCAGCUGGAUGUGUGGGCCAUGACGGACAAAGAGAAAUUUGAACUUGUGCCUCAGAUCCACGAGGAGGGCAACGCGCUCUUCAAACAAGGGCACAUUAAGGAGGCCACAGAAAAGUACUACAAUGGAAUAGCCUGCCUCAAAAAUCUACAGAUGAAGGAGCAUCCUGGUGAUGAAGAGUGGGUGAAGCUGGACCUAAUGAUCACACCGUUACUCCUCAACUACUGUCAAUGCCUCUUACUGCAGGACCAGUACUACGAAGUCAUCGAACACUGCUCCUCGUUGCUCUUCAAAUACGAGAAUAACGUGAAGGCCUACUACAAGCGAGCCAAAGCCCACGCCGCAGUGUGGAAUGAGACGGAGGCACGGGCCGACUUUGCUAAGGUGCUGGCUCUGGACCCGUCUCUGGGUCCGUCGGUGGCCAAGGAGCUGAGGGCCAUGGAGGAGAGGAUCCGCUCCAAGCUGAAAGAGGAGAAGGGUCGCUACAAAGGCCUGUUCUGCGACAGUCAACCAGCCACGGCCACAACAGGUUGAAUCGCUUAAUGGAUUGGACACAAGAGGAUGCCAAUGAAUUUCAAGAUGGGGGAGAAACAGUACACUCGUGGUGUUUUAGUUUUAUCCAUGCACCCAAGCCAAACACUCAAACAUCCGGCUCUCCAUGGGACGGACACACACACACACAGACACACAAACGCAAUUUGUGCAUUCCUGCCUUAUUCCCCUCAGCUCCCCGUUUGUAAAUGUAAAACAAAGGCUUUGACGAGAACACGCACUUGGUAAACUCCUAACCCCAUGGAAACCUGUCCGUAGAUCUCUACAAGCCAGCAGAACCAUUUGUACCGGAGCAAUGUAUUUUUUCACUUUGCUAAAAUUACACACUUAAAACCUUGUUGGUAAAUGACGUGCUCCCCGCAGCGGAUGCUCUACACGACGUGAACCUCGGCGAAGAGGUUUCACAAGAUUUGCUGCAGGGAGAUUUCGUUUAGAUUUUAUGAUGAGUCCUUUCUGCAGUUAAGAUGUCGGCACCAGUUGUUUUGGUGACAUGUAGGUGAAGCAUGUUAUCCUGCGUUCUGCGAAAUAUGUGCUAAGCUGCUGGUUAAUCUUUUUCAAGAUUCCUUGUAGCUGCAACUCAACAAGGAAAGAUCACAACGAACCUCCCUGCAGAAAAUCUAUUAUUAUAAUUUUUUAUUUUUUUUUUUUGCACAAGGGACAUCACAUACUUGUAUGUGCACCUCUGCCUCGUACCCCCUUUUCUAUUCUGGUCACAGUGGAAGCACCAUAACCACGUGGUAGGCGUGACAUGAAUCCAAAUGUCUGUGACAAUCAUUAUAUGAAACAUAAACUUGUGUUGUCUUUGCUUUCUCCUAUGUACUUAUUCAUGUAUGCAAGAAAUAUUAUGUUAUGUUAUUAAAACCACAGUAUCUCCUUUAACUGUGACUGUGAUCAUGUAACUAAAUAAAUGUGCUUGACCUCA